CUCACCCUGCUAUGGCCGCAAACGCCUCUUCAGAUCUCUCCUUGUUCACGCCCGACCUCAUCCUCAUGGUGACCCCAUUCCGAGAGCCGCCCAUCAUCAAGUUCGCGGUGUUCUUCUUCACCCUGGCAAUGUUCACCGCGGCCCUCAUGGGCAACUGCCUCCUGAGCCUCGUCAUCCUUCGAGAUCAUCAGCUGCACAAGGCAAUGUACGUGCUCAUGGCCGGGCUGUCGCUCACCGACAUCAUCUCAGCGCUCAGCAUCCUGCCCCGGUUCAUGCAGAACGUCGCAUCCUUCAACUACAUCAGCCUGCGCGAGUGUAUGGCGCAGAUGUUCUUCCUGCACCUGGCCAUCAGAAUGCAGAGCUUCACCCUCACCAUCAUGUCCGUCGACCGCUACCUGGCCAUUGGCUACCCACUCAGGUACCACUCGCUCAUGGCCUGCCGCACGGCCAUCGUGGCCUUCAUGGCCGCGACGGCCUCGUGCGUUCUCAUGUGCCUGGGCAAUGUCGGCGUCGUGGUCCCCCUCAACUACUGCAAGCCGCCGGUGAUAGUCGCUCCAUACUGCGACUACCUCGUGGUCCUGUUCUUGUCGUGCGGGGACUUGAGCGGUGCCGUGGCCUACGUCCAAGCAACGCUGGCCAUCACUAUGGUGCUUCCUGUGUUAGUGAUAGUCCUCAUGUAUGCCCUCAUCUUCUAUGAGUGCCGCAAGCCAGGCCUCCGCAGUGGCCAGAAGAAAGCGCUGAAGACUUGCAGCACUCACUUCUUGGUCGUGACCGUUUUCUUCGCCGCCAUUUUUUUUUCGUUUGCAAGUGGCCUCUCGUUCCUGAAUUCGCUCCCCAGGUCGCUGCGCUACACCCUCCAGACGGCGCAGUACGUGUUCCCGCCCGCGCUGAACCCGGUCAUUUACGGCCUUCGAACGGCGGAAAUAAGGCGCAGUUUCAUCAGGCAGUUCCGUAGGAAGGUGGUGGAUGGAAAGUCGGAGAGUUUGGGGAACGCAGGUCACUGAACUAUUAAAGACAUCGGGAUAUGAGAUAUUUUUUAAUCUAAACAGCCACCGGUGAUUGAUCCCAGUUGUUAAAUGUAGCAAGGUGAUAGUCUCAGCUCGGUCACCAGUGACCGCAUGAAGAUCACAAUGGCAUUAUGUUUGGUUCUGGGACCCAUUCCAUCACUAACCCACACUGGCCAAUCAUUGUAAACUAAAGUUAUACAAGCCCCAUGAUUGACAAGGUGU